CUAAAUAGUGAUGGCCAGCGAGUGUAGCAUAACAUUAUAACAAACCCUUGACGUAAAUAGGAGUGAAGAAAGAAUUGGUUUGGUGGGACCCAAAAUCUCUCAGUCGCACAAUUUGGUUUUGACCAGAGACUCCCUUCUGGACCAUUACCCAACCAGGGUUAGGUUUUCAAAGUUAAGAAAAAAAAAAAAACAAAUAUAAUUAAAUGGGCACCACACGUGUGGUCAUUUGAGUCAGAUCAAAGGGCAGAAGGAAGAGGAGGCAAAGAAGCACUGAACUGCACCAGCAGAGAUAUAGUCCUUGUUUUAGCCCAAAACUUUUUUGGGUUAUUAUAUCAUUACAUUACAUGUCUCUCUGUUCUUAUUAUUAUUAUUAUUAUUUCAUAUAAGAAUAGCCAAAGGGAAUUUUGCAGACUCUCUCAGAAACAAAACAAAGAGAGUUUAGCUAAAUUGACUUCAACUCACUUUUAUCUUCUUUCCCUCUUCCCCACCAUUAUUAUUAAUACCAAUACCAUUACUAUUACUAUGCCGGGCAGUUUAGAGCCGUUAGAUUUGGGGGUUCAGAUACCGUACCAUUUCAGGUGUCCCAUUUCACUUGAGCUUAUGUGUGACCCGGUAACUGUCAGUACCGGUCAGACCUACGACCGUGCCAGUAUCGAGUCUUGGGUUGCCACCGGUAAUACCACGUGUCCAGUCACCCGAUCCCCACUUACCGAUUUCACUCUCAUCCCUAACCAUACACUCCGAAGGCUCAUCCAGGAAUGGUGCGUCGCCAAUCGAUCGUUCGGCGUCCAGCGAAUUCCGACUCCUAAGCAACCGGCUGACCCUGCUAUGGUUCGCUCGCUCCUCUCUCAGGCCUCCUCGAUGACGAUUGCUCCUCAGUCGCGGCUCUCUGCGCUGAGGCGACUCAGGGGACUCGCUCGCGAUUCGGAUAAGAACCGAGCUGUUAUUUCGGCCUUUGAUGUGAGAGGAAUACUCCUCAAUGUUGUGUUUUCCAAUGCGAUGGAUUCGGAUUUGAGCCACGAAGCGCUUGCUCUCCUUGUAAUGUUUCCGCUCGCUGAAUCGGAUUGCGCUUCGGUUGCGGCGGAACCGGCUAGAGUGGCUUAUCUUGCACGGAUGUUGUUUCACUCUUCGAUUGAGGUCAGAGUCAAUUCGGCUGCGCUUGUUGAGAUCGUAGUUGCUGGAACUCGGACACCGGAGCUCCGAUCUCAGAUCAGCAAUGUGGACGAUAUCUUCGAAGGCGUGAUUGAGAUUCUAAGAAAUCCGAUUUCGUAUCCGAGAGCUCUUAAAGUCGGAAUCAAGGCCUUGUUCGCCUUGUGCCUGGUAAAACAAACAAGGCAUAAAGCUGUAUCCGCCGGAGCCGCCGAGACUCUGAUUGACAGACUAGCCGAUUUCGAAAAAUGCGACGCUGAGAGAGCUCUGGCUACGAUUGAACUCCUCUGUCGUAUACCGUCAGGUUGCUCUGCGUUUUCAUCGCAUGCUUUAACGGUUCCGCUUCUGGUAAAGAUCAUAUUGAAAAUCUCGGAUCGGGCAACGGAGUACGCAGCCGGAGCUUUACUAUCGCUUUGUUCGUCGUCGGAGGAAAACCAGAGAGAAGCGGUGGCGGCGGGUAUAUUGACACAAUUACUACUACUAGUUCAAAGCGAUUGUACUGACCGAGCUAAGCGAAAGGCCCAGCUAUUGCUGAAGCUUCUUCGGGAUUCGUGGCCUGAAGAUUCCAUCAGAAAUUCUGACGAUUUUGCUUGCAGUGAAGUUGUUGUUCCCUUCUGAUUUUUCUUUUUCUUUUUCUUUUUUAAUUUUAUUUUAUUUUUAUUUUUGGGUUUAAUCUGAUUCUUCUAUGAGAAACAGAAGAAAACAAAACUGAAAAAAAAAAUUGAAGAGAUUUGUUAGGUUGGUAUAUAGAGAUUUGUAAUUCUGUACGUAAUUUUGUAUGUAAGAAUAUUUAUUGAAAAUUUUUAAAAAAAAAUCAGUAAUCCAUUGUUCAUUUCAUUAUUAUUAUCAUUAUUAUUUGGUAUUUUUGGGAUUGAAUAAACAGUUUGUUGGAAUUUUAUUGGGUAAUGGUUGAAAGUGUAAAUAAUAUUAGUGAGGGACAAAAUAUCUGACAAUGGAAAGAAGUGUUUCAAUCCUUUGAGUAGCU